AUGGAAUAUAAAAUAUCGGAAAGAGGGUGUCAGCAAUUGACAGCCAGCACUGUGGCUGAGUUUAACAAAAUAAAAAGUGAAAACACAAAACUGAAGGCCGCACCGACCAACGCCGAAGAACAACAGCUCAACAGCUGCUGUCUUGAGAAUAAGCAGCUGAUUACUGCUCAGAAGGAGGCAGAGCAGCAGUUGCAGAGGGAGAGUUGUUCCCUCCAGGCAGACCUGGACAAAACCCAGUGGUGCUAUGCUGCCCAAAUAGAGCAGCAAAAGAAAGAGGCACAGCAGCUUGCGGCUGAUCUAGAGACAUUCAAAGAGAUGGUGCAGAAUGAGCGCCUCCAGUGGAAACAGGAAAAAGCCUCCCUGCUGGAUGAAACUGAGAAAUGCAGAGCCUCCAGUGAGACUGAGCACAGUAAUCUACUGCAAGAGAAGAGCAAUCUCAUGGCAGCACUAAAGAACAAAGAAGAACAGCUAGAGUGUCACCACGUCCAGUGGCAGAAUGAGAAAACCUCCCUCAUGACACAGUUGAAUGAACACAAAAAGCUGUGUAUGACCCAAACUGAUGACCUGAAGAAGGCUCAUCUGACGUAUGAACAGGACAAGGCAGAGUACCUUCAGACCAUACAGGACCUCAAGAGUACCCUGCAGAGAAAGGAGCAGGAGCUGGAGAGGACAGAGAGCUCUAUGAAGGCCCAGCUGGAGCAACACAGAGCAGAGACCAGAAAGUUGGAAGCUGAUGACCUGAAGAAGGCUCAUCUGACGUAUGAACAGGACAAGGCAGAGUACCUUCAGACCAUACAGGACCUCAAGAGUACCCUGCAGAGAAAGGAGCAGGAGCUGGAGAGGACAGAGAGCUCUAUGAAGGCCCAGCUGGAGCAACACAGAGCAGAGACCAGAAAGUUGGAAGCUGAACUUAGUAACUCAGAAGGUCUAAAGAUUGAGAACCUUCGCUUGCAAAAGGAAAAAGCCUCCCUGCUAGAUGAAACUGAGAAAUGCAGAGCCUCCAGUGAGACUGAGCACAGUAAUCUACUGCAAGAGAAGAGCAAUCUCAUGGCAGCACUAAAGAACAAAGAAGAACAGCUAGAGUGUCACCACGUCCAGUGGCAGAAUGAGAAAACCUCCCUCAUGACACAGUUGAAUGAACACAAAAAGCUGUGUAUGACCCAAACUGAUGACCUGAAGAAGGCUCAUCUGACGUAUGAACAGGACAAGGCAGAGUACCUUCAGACCAUACAGGACCUCAAGAGUACCCUGCAGAGAAAGGAGCAGGAGCUGGAGAGGACAGAGAGCUCUAUGAAGGCCCAGCUGGAGCAACACAGAGCAGAGACCAGAAAGUUGGAAGCUGAACUUAGUAACUCAGAAGGUCUAAAGAUUGAGAACCUUCGCUUGCAAAAGGAAAAAGCCUCCCUGCUAGAUGAAACUGAAAAAUGCAGAGCCUCCAGUGAGACUGAGCACAGUAAUCUACUGCAAGAGAAGAGCAAUCUCAUGGCAGCACUAAAGAACAAAGAAGAACAGCUAGAGUGUCACCACGUCCAGUGGCAGAAUGAGAAAACCUCCCUCAUGACACAGUUGAAUGAACACAAAAAGCUGUGUAUGACCCAAACUGAUGACCUGAAGAAGGCUCAUCUGACGUAUGAACAGGACAAGGCAGAGUACCUUCAGACCAUACAGGACCUCAAGAGUACCCUGCAGAGAAAGGAGCAGGAGCUGGAGAGGACAGAGAGCUCUAUGAAGGCCCAGCUGGAGCAACACAGAGCAGAGACCAGAAAGUUGGAAGCUGAACUUAGUAACUCAGAAGGUCUAAAGAUUGAGAACCUUCGCUUGCAAAAGGAAAAAGCCUCCCUGCUAGAUGAAACUGAAAAAUGCAGAGCCUCCAGUGAGACUGAGCACAGUAAUCUACUGCAAGAGAAGAGCAAUCUCAUGGCAGCACUAAAGAACAAAGAAGAACAGCUAGAGUGUCACCACGUCCAGUGGCAGAAUGAGAAAACCUCCCUCAUGACACAGUUGAAUGAACACAAAAAGCUGUGUAUGACCCAAACUGAUGACCUGAAGAAGGCUCAUCUGACGUAUGAACAGGACAAGGCAGAGUACCUUCAGACCAUACAGGACCUCAAGAGUACCCUGCAGAGAAAGGAGCAGGAGCUGGAGAGGACAGAGAGCUCUAUGAAGGCCCAGCUGGAGCAACACAGAGCAGAGACCAGAAAGUUGGAAGCUGAACUUAGUAACUCAGAAGGUCUAAAGAUUGAGAACCUUCGCUUGCAAAAGGAAAAAGCCUCCCUGCUAGAUGAAACUGAAAAAUGCAGAGCCUCCAGUGAGACUGAGCACAGUAAUCUACUGCAAGAGAAGAGCAAUCUCAUGGCAGCACUAAAGAACAAAGAAGAACAGCUAGAGUGUCACCACGUCCAGUGGCAGAAUGAGAAAACCUCCCUCAUGACACAGUUGAAUGAACACAAAAAGCUGUGUAUGACCCAAACUGAUGACCUGAAGAAGGCUCAUCUGACGUAUGAACAGGACAAGGCAGAGUACCUUCAGACCAUACAGGACCUCAAGAGUACCCUGCAGAGAAAGGAGCAGGAGCUGGAGAGGACAGAGAGCUCUAUGAAGGCCCAGCUGGAGCAACACAGAGCAGAGACCAGAAAGUUGGAAGCUGAACUUAGUAACUCAGAAGGUCUAAAGAUUGAGAACCUUCGCUUGCAAAAGGAAAAAGCCUCCCUGCUAGAUGAAACUGAAAAAUGCAGAGCCUCCAGUGAGACUGAGCACAGUAAUCUACUGCAAGAGAAGAGCAAUCUCAUGGCAGCACUAAAGAACAAAGAAGAACAGCUAGAGUGUCACCACGUCCAGUGGCAGAAUGAGAAAACCUCCCUCAUGACACAGUUGAAUGAACACAAAAAGCUGUGUAUGACCCAAACUGAUGACCUGAAGAAGGCUCAUCUGACGUAUGAACAGGACAAGGCAGAGUACCUUCAGACCAUACAGGACCUCAAGAGUACCCUGCAGAGAAAGGAGCAGGAGCUGGAGAGGACAGGGAGCUCUAUGAAGGCCCAGCUGGAGCAAGGUCUAAAGAUUGAGAACCUUAGCUUGCAAAAGGAAAACGCCUCCCUGCUUGAUGAAACUGAGAAAUGCAGAGCCUCCAGUGAGAUGACCCAAACUGAUGACCUGAAGAAGGCUCAUCUGAAGUAUGAACAGGAAAAGGCAGAGUACCUUCAGACCAUACAGGACCUCAAGAGUACCCUGCAGAGAAAGGAGCAGUACUGGGAAAGGACAGUAACCAGUUUGAGGAUCCGGCUAUACAAGAUUACUCUAAAGAGAUUGUCAUGCUAG